AUGGCUGCCGCAGCCAAGGCUGCCGCGGAUCCUCGUAUCGUGAGACUGAUUCUACAUUUUCUGUCCGACAUGAAAUACAAGGACCGUAGACAGCAGGGACCCGACCAGCCGGUUGAACUUCUCGAGUUUCGGCCCACGUUGGUACCCUCAAUCAUGGUCAACAAAAUCUGGGCAAACGAGGGUACAUCUAUCCUUUGGAGACGCUACCCGCACCUUCCGGCUCUGCAGGACAUGACCUUCGACCGAAGACAAUGGUAUGCGGACAAAGUCGAGAGGCUGUUCGUAUUGGGACCUACAGACGGUGGCGGAGAUCUUGCAUACCUCGAAGGCUUACAUUGGCCAAGAAUCGAGAUACUGGAGCUGGAAAUAGACUGGGCGACGCAUUCAAAAGCAAUCAACACUAUGCUGCACACAGGCCUUACACAACUGGAAUUCCUUGGAUCGCAAUCUGGUAAUUCACAUUACGUCGCUGGCACUGUUCUUUCAGCCUUUUCCGCAUGUACCAAUCUCUCUAGCAUUACCUUUGGUCCAGAUGUCUUCUGUCCUGAAGAUCCUGUGUCUUAUCAAAACCUGGUAGAUGUGAUCGACUCCGUGCCCAGCAUCACGAACGUGCGAUUGAUGAACGCUAGCCUUUCCGGCAAGGAUAUGCUGUUCAGACAUUUAAGUAACCGACCAGGCCUGGAAACUCUACACAUCGACCUCGACCCUGGCCUGCAACUAUUGCCAUACUUACCGGGUCCCGUUGCGCUUGUUUCCCCUUUCUCUUCACUCAGGCAGCUCCACCUCAAGUGCUAUCCUGAGUUGGCCGUUGCACUUCUUCCUCACCUCCCACUUGUAGAACAAGUACAACUAGACAUUGCUAGAAUACCAGAGCGAGCACAGCAGGAUUGGGAUUUGAAUGUUCUUGAUCUCAUACUAGCUCAGAUGGCGCAAUGCGGUGAACUUCGAUCAAUGCGAGUCAACGUUGGCGCACUCGCGCAGAACUUUCCAUCGGCCGUAUCACAUCCACUCCUUCACGGUGAGGCUCUAGUGAACCUUGCCAAUGGCUGUCCUAAAUUGGAACAUGUCGACCUUCUUGCCUCGGAACCUAGUGCAAUAGAUGGGUCUUUGAUCUCGAGCCUCCACUUCGAAGCAUUUUGUAGGAAGUUGCCGCAACUUUUGAGCCUCAGCAUGAAGCUUCAUCCACAAAGUGCGAUCGAUCUGGAAUCUACCGCGCUACCGAGCCUCGGUAAAUACUGCCCCCUGCUUGAAACCUUGCGCAUGAAAGUUGCACUCCAUCUUCCGGAUCUACAGACACUACGGGGUCUUCCGCAUCCGAAAGCCUUCGAAACCGCGCUUGACGAUUAUUCUCAAAUUGAAAGCGCACUUCAAGCGCCUUCCAUAACACUUGAUGUUCACGAAAGAAGCGCUUCCGUGGAUCAAAAGGAUCUCUCCGGUAGUGGAGCUUCGAAUAGUCCGCUCUUCCAGUUCUUGACGCACGUCGCCUUCGCACGUCCUCAGUCAAUCCUAUCGAUCGUUAGUGAUGCGUACACCGUUUCAUCAAAUUCCCAAUGUAGCUCUGUGGUCGAUCCACUCGUUGAAGAAGAGCUCGUCCGGUUGUGGGCACAACCACUUGCAGCGCAGUUUCCUCGUCUGGAGAUAUUGGAAGCAUGGAGUGACUGGACAGGACAGGACAACGAGUCACUGAGCUAUUUCCUACCACACGAGGAGCUACUGGCGAAUGUUUGGGAUUUUCUGAGUGGAAUUGAGCAAGACCUUUGGGAGACCGGAGAAGAUGCAGAAGAGGAGGUGAACGACGAACCGGAUUGGACCGAAUACCGCAAGGAGCGUUUCAGUAUGGACAGUUAUAUCAGUGGCGACUGGGAGUUGGCCAGUCUCGUAAACGAAUUCCCGGUAGAAGAGGACUUCGAUGACAGCGCUUAUCCGACGGCAUACGCCGAAGAGCCAGAGGGAAUGAUUACGCCCGGAAGGAAUCUAGACGAUGAUGAGGAAGCUUACUUUGGUCGUACAAACACGAAGUACAUUACUGUUUCUGGCCCGUGA